AUUUUUUGCGGGUUUGGAAGGUGAUUUUGCUGUUUCACUUGGCCCCCAGGGGUGGCACUGAAGCGGGAGCAAUAGGGAAACUGCCCAGACCUAAAAGUGGCAAAGAUGAGACUCAAAUCCAGGGGCAUGAGAUGCCAGGUGGGUGCGGGGUGUGGGCCCAGAUGCAAGGGGUGAGGGACUCCAGAUGCAGGGGUGUGUGGGCUCCAGAUGUAGGGAUGUUUGGGCUUCAGACACAAGGGUGUGGGCCCAGACACAGGGAUGUGGAGACCAGAUGCAGGGGUAUGGGCUCCAGACGCAGGGAUGUGUGGGUUCCAGGUGUUGAGGUGUAUGGGCUCCAGAUGUAGGGGUGUUUGGGCUUCAGAUGCACGGGUGUGGGCCCAGAUACAGAGAUGUAUCUGGGGCCCAGACGCAGGGGUGUGGACCCAGAUUCCCAGAAGGCUCCGGAUGCAGAGAUGUGGAGGCCCAGAGGCAAGGGUAUCGGGCCCAGAUGCGGGAGAGUGAGGCCCAGAUGCAGGGGUGUGAGAUUCAGAGGGCUACAGAUGCAGAGAUGUGGAGGCCAAGAUGCAGGGGUGUGAGGCUCAGAUGCAGGGGUAUGGGGUCCAAGGGCAGGGGUGGAGGGCCCAGAUGCAGGGGCAUGAGGCCCCGAUCCAGGACUGUGGGCCCAGAUUCAGAGGUAUGGGCUCCAGAUGCAGGGUGUGGGGCUCAGGUGCAGGGGUGUGGGGUCCAGGUGCAGGGGUGUGGGGCCCAGAUGGAAGGUUCCGUACCUUAGGGCACUUCCCUGAAAUGCCUCCCUCAUCAAUCAGGGAGGCACAUGCUCUGGACAGGGCUUGCCCAGUCCCAGCCCCUUCCCGCUAGAGCUCACCCCAAGGUAAUUCUUAUGUCAGUGUGACUCUGGGCCCCAUCUGCGUGCUUGUCCGGGUGGGGAGACCCUGCCCCGCUCCUCUGAUCCUCUCUUUGUCCGUGUAGCCCAGCACAAACACAGCACCUGGCACGCAGCAGUGUCUCAGCCGUGAUUCUUGAAUUUAAAACAAGGGUCGUGGAAAGGCCCGUGCAUGAGGUCUUGAGGUGUUGGGGUUGGGGGGAGGCAGUCAUCCGUGCAGGGGGCGCAGUGGUUGGGGAGGGGCUCAUGUGGGAGUUUGGGGAGUCGGGGGCUGUGCAUGCAGCAGAAAGGAUGGCUCUCCGUGCAACCCCCCAUGCAUUCGGUAUUGGGCUGCAAAGACUGAAAUAGAUUCCGGUAGCAAUAGGAUGGUGGGGAAAUGGGGAGGCUGGACCCAGAAACCUGGUCCAUGGCCUCUUUGCAGUCAUGAGAGCCUGUGCAGCUGGUACUAGACUUAUCAGCUGGUAAUCAAGGCCAAGUUGGUGAGUUCCUGGGGUCGGGGGCUGGUCCACUUUAUAUCAUAACAAGUCUCUAAAAAUGUCUGUUGGUGUGGACUGAUUUGUUCAUUCAACAAACGGGUCCUACUUGGAACAAGCUCAGUUAAGAUCGAAUUUCCCCAUACAGUCUGACGAUGAUGUGGAAGCUUGGCGCCAUGGAAGCCCAGAGAGGGGGGCCCUGAGCCACCUGGAUCAGUGCAGGCAAAAGGUGAGGGAAGGGCAUCCAGGUGGGGGCAAUUGAUGGGGCAAAAGCAUUUGGGCUGGAGAUCAAGUUUGCUAGUCAAGGCAUUUCCAAAGGCGACUAAAGCCGUGAGAACAGAAGGCCAUUGAGGACCUGCGAGAGAGGAGAGUCUGAGAGCAGCUCGCAGAGGCCCAGGAAGUAGCAGUAGGGAAUCUCCUGAGAAGGAUGAGGAGGCAGGACAGGCCGCAGCUCCUCCCACCCCAGCCCAGGGAUGGGGAGACAAGCAGGGGUCAGAGUGGACCUGUUGUUCUCCCCUGAGAGGAUGCCAGGAUUCUGGGCUCAGCAUCCUCGGAGAUGUGGACCCCUAAGUUUCCCGGGCCUCAUCAGAGGCAGUCUGGGGAGGCUGGGGCCCAGCCAAUGGUAGUGCCUGGCACAGCUCCUCCUCCUCCUAGGCCGGUGGCACACCCAGGCUGCCUGCCGACUCCACGGCCUCCGUCCCAGGAAGAGGCUUCCCCAGACACGCUCCCUGGUUCUGGUAUGAGUUCUGGCUGCCUGCUGAGGCUAACUGCUGGUACCCGGAGGGCCCUGAGAAGCAGCCACUCAGAUCACGCAGAGGGUCGAGACAGCGUGGUGACCUGAACCUGGACUGCACUUGGAAGGGCAUCAGGAACCCGUUCUAGCAAAAGGCUGUGUAGAUAGACAUCCUGGCAUCCCGGGGGCCCCGCGGGGUGAGACCGUGGUGUGUGGCUCUCAGCGGACCCCCCAGGAAACAGGCAGAGGGAUUCCAAGCGAGGAAGAGGGCAUCCGUCACUCUGAACAGUAGUCACAUUCCUUAAACGGAGUAGCAGCCGACACCUGGGUCCACUAUGAACUGGGGGAGCUUCGAGGGGCUCCUCAGCGGGGUCAACAAGUACUCCACAGCCUUUGGGCGCAUCUGGCUGUCUCUGGUCUUCAUCUUCCGUGUGCUGGUGUACCUGGUGACGGCUGAGCAUGUGUGGAGUGACGACCACAAGGAUUUCGACUGCAACACCCGCCAGCCGGGCUGUUCCAACGUCUGCUUCGAUGAGUUCUUCCCCGUGUCCCAUGUGCGCCUGUGGGCCCUGCAGCUCAUCCUGGUCACGUGCCCCUCGCUGCUCGUGGUCAUGCACGUGGCUUACCGUGAGGCUCGGGAGAAGAAGCACCGAGAGGCAGUGGGGCAGGAUGGGGGGCGACUCUACCUGAACCCCGGCAAGAAGCAGGGUGGGCUCUGGUGGACGUACGUCUGCAGCCUGGUGUUCAAGGCCAGUGUGGAUGCCACCUUCCUCUACGUGUUCCACUCGUUCUACCCCAAAUACACCCUCCCUCCCGUGGUCAAGUGCCACGCAGCUCCGUGUCCCAAUUCGGUGGACUGCUUCAUCUCCAAGCCCUCGGAGAAGAACAUCUUCACGCUGUUCAUGAUCAUCACGGCCGCCAUCUGCAUCCUGCUCAACCUCGUGGAGCUGGCCUACCUGGUGAGCAAGAGGUGCCGAGAGUGCCUGGCAGCGAGGAAAACCCAGGGCGCAGGCGUGGGCCAUCGCCAGGACUGUGCCACCUCUUUCCGCAAACAGGACGACCUCCUCUCAGACGACCUCAUCUUUCUGGGCUCAGAGGCUCACCCUCCUCUUUUACCCAACCGCCCUCGAGGCCACGUGAAGAAAACCAUCCUGUGAGGGGCGGCCUGCUCAGGCCUGGGUUGGAAGUUCCCAGCAUCUCCCAUAGGUGCAGCACUGGGGCAAGGGAGCAGAGCCAAAAGUGGGGGCGGGCAAGAGGGAGCAUCAGAGGCCCGGGAUCCAGUCCCUCUUCCACAGCCCCUGCCACCUGUCCCAGCUGUGUGGCCUUGGGAAACUGACCUCUCUGCUCUCCACCUCAGUUUCCUUCACAGGGCUGUUGCUGUCGCGGGGGAGGGUUGAUAAGAGGAUGGAUGUGCAUGUGCCUUCAGUGUGUGGGGCCCACAGUCAGGGCUUAAUAAAAUUCAACUCAUCCACUGA